GAGAAAGAGAGGCUCGAUGGACACACAAACAGGAAGUUGAAGAUUAAAAAGUGAUCUUUUAUUAAACCAUCUAAAACUUCCAAAUGAUCUUUUUGUGAGCAGUUGAGCUUCUAUCAGCAGAGGGGCCAUGUGCCAUCUGUGUGCUCUUUAUAUGUCGCUUUUUGGAUGCAGCAGCAGCCCAGUGUGCCAACUCAUCAGAGGGGACUGGCGAGCCCGACUGACGUCACCCAUCCAGCCUCUGUAAUCGAAAGAGACGCUAAUCCUGCUCCCUCUCCAAAGCCCGGCAGCGGGGUGGGGUGGGACCGGGAGGGAUAUUGACAGAGACAUGAGGAAGGAAGUUGGGUGCAGGAGACUAGGGAGCGCGUUUGAGUUGUGGGCUAGCAGACAGACUCAUUACUGACCUGGACAAAGAGACAGGUGGUGUCCUAACUUACACAGGGAACCAGGGUACAUAUCCACCUUCAGAUACUCAACUCCUGGGAUACCUGAGAUUUUGGAAACCCCCACACCCCAUCCAGGCCUCGCCCUGGAGGCCAAAAGCCUGACUGAGGGCUCUGCAGAGGGGGACUGCACACCUCCUCCUGCACCCCCUCUUGUGUCACCUAUACUCACUGUGGAGGAGCCUGGUUUCACCACUGUGGAGCUGUGCCAAGAUGGAGAAGACAUCUGCCUGACUGCAAGUGAGGGAGAGAUGGAGGAAUUCAGUGGCCAAAAUGCAAACUGUGAAGACAUGCAAAGGAAGGACCAAAGAAUACCAUUCCAGCUCUCCCCAAUGUCCCUUCAGAUCUUCCCUGACCCAGUCGAGGUUGUUCUGGGCCCAGAGACCUUGAACAGCCUUGACCACAACAGUGAGAAGGAACGUCUGCCCUCCAUUGUUGUUGAACCCACAGAGGUGAGCGAGGUGGAGAGCGGAGAGCUGCGCUGGCCUCCAGAGAACAUGGACAUGGAGGAAGAUGAGGAGGACCUGUUCUUGGAGCAGUGCAUCCCCCCGGCAAACAUUGCAGACUGGGGGGAAGAGGACGAGGAAGAGGAAGAGGAAACAUCAGUUAUUCUUAACCCGCAGCCGGGGUUGACACUCAUUGACCUUCAGUCAGAUGCAUUCAGAGAUGAAACGCCCACGCUUCCACCGAGCAGCGCUCCAGCCCUCAACUGACUCAACUUCCCCUCUGAGAACUCUUUAUCUCUUAGAAACCUGUGAGGAAACAUCCUGAGAUUAAGUAAGGCACAAACAAAGAAGAAACACUUUGCGAAAGACCGAUGAUCCAAAAUGUGACAAUCCAAAUGAAAAGGUAUAACAACACUUAUUCAUGUAUGGUUUAGAGGUCAAACACCAACUGUGACAUUCAUGUAGUGUUGUAGUACUUGAAAUCGGUCUUGGUCUCAAGAUCGGUCUCAGGACCAAUUUUUGAGGGUCUCUGUCUCAUCGUGGUAUCAGACUGGGCAGACUCCGGAUUAUAAAUCAAGACUGGUCAAGACCACCACUGAAAGACUCUUUUUUUCAGAGUCAUUACUGUAAUUAGAUGGAAAAUGGCCCUUUCAAAAAAAAUCUAAAAACGUAUAAUUCAAUUUUUAUCCCCCGGUUACAGCCUCGGUGUUACGGACUGAAAGAGUGACAUUUGCUGCACACAGUUUAAUGAUUUUUCAGUAAUAGUCAUGGUCUUGGUCUUGACUCGGUCUCGAUCCCUAAAUGUCUUGGUGUCUGAGCUCUCAGGUCUCGGAUAUGUCUUGGGCUCGGUUAGUGUGGUCUUCACUACAACACUACAUUCAUGCACACAUCGAUAUUAACACAUACUGUACAAGGAGAGACAUCUAGAGUUUCGUCUGCACACAUGGGAAUCUGAACCAGGAUGCAAACACACAGAAACCUUCUCUGACACACUCGUCAACUUGCUGACUUCGGUGAGAGAAUUAAGCAACAUGUGUCUUUUUUAGAACUUUUCUGCUGAGAUUGAUAAUUACUGUUUCACUUCCCUUUUCAUUUCCUAAUUUUAAGGGCUCAAUGAUGUCACAGAACAAAAAAGAAAACAUUAUCCAACAACAACAAAUGAUCUUUGUGCUUUGUACAUACUCUACAGUCUUUUAUUAUCUGUAUAGGAAACACAGAUGAAUUGUAAUGUAUUCAUAGAUGAUCAUUUGGAUCAGACUGUUUGCUUUUGAAGACAUCUACCUGAUUGUCCCUUCUGUAUGAACGUUUUUCUAUUGAAGCACUGUUAAAUGUGUUAGCUUUUCAUUUGGUCUGGCCUGAAUCUGUACAGCACUGUAAGAGGUGAUCUUCAUAGAACUGACCACAUUAUGUGAUUACGUCCACAUUCCUCAAUGUGGCAAUCACACAAUGAAUCAGUCAUCCCAUCAUGCUGUAUGUGAGUGACUAAUGUUGACUAUACUGCUGUGAUUUAUAAAUCAGCGUUUUUUGACAAGGUUACAAAAAUGUAAAGAUCUGAUAGUUUCUUUCUUUUGUUAUCUUUGUUGGACGGGAGUUGUACAUUAAGUUUGGUGAUAUGCGUGUUAAAAACCAAAAAAGGGAAGGCAGCUCUAGUUGCUUUUUCAAUAGAACACAGUUAGACCAGUGGUGUAGUGCAGGUAUACCCACUUCUAAAUCACAUCUGAUUCACACUAUUAAUUUAUUGACAAUAUUUUGUAUUAUGCUGCAAUUUUUUUCAAGGAUGGUGAAGGGAUGACCCUCCCUACUCUGUCUCUAAUUGGCUAGUACACACUGACUUAAAGCCACUGAUUUUAACAGAGGCCAUUUAUCCUUUGGUGGAUGGGCCACUUAAAAGAAACAUUUUGGGGAACAAUCACUUUUUCAGGCACCACUACACCACUGAUUUAGACACAAUGAGAAUUGUAGUUGUGUAGAAAUACUUUAUAGGCUGAUUUGUGAAUAGGUUGUAUAUAAGAGUUGUUGUGUUACAUUGAUUGUUAUUUGACAAUAAAGUGUUUUAUCCCACUAAUACA